CCAGAAUUUGUCACAAAUAUGUCACAUAUAUUUUUCAACCGCCGCAAUGCAACCUCCGAUUAGCGCGAAAUGCAAAAACGUCCCCUACAGGGAGCUCUACAACCCCAAGCUCCCGCCCAACAUCUACGGCAACUUCGAAACCACCAAUCAGCGUGAUUACAAGAGAUACUGCGAUGCUGUCAGAACGCGCAUCACCUACGAGCAAAAGCGAUUCGAGGAUCCGCCCAAGGUGGUGUCCGUUCCCUACCAUCGCGAAGACCAAGAAACCUACGCCAAGUUCCGCCCGGGCGCCGAAGUGCCCAUAGAGUUGUUCUCCACGCCCAAGCCUAUCAUCCGCACCAAUCCCCACGUACCCUUCAAGGAAUUAGGCGAACCUCCUCGAGUGAAGACGGAGGAAGCGAUCAAGACGAGACCUCGCAGAUAUUUCGUGCCGGGCAUCCCGGUCGACGACAUCAAGGAGAAGGACAAGCGCGAUUUGAUCUGCCGCUACAUGUACACGACGCAAGGCAGGCGAGCCGAACGAGAAGCCACGGUGUAUUUCAAGCCCAUCAAACCGCGCAUCGAUAAGAUCGAAACCUCCGACGAGGUGACGCUGAAGAUCGACUGGACGCCGCCGCUGGGGGAGAAGUUCCGGAAGGUGUGCAGGGAGUGGGACCACGAGCAGGAGCGCGACGAUCCGGACGUGACGAGGGAGUUUUGGACGCACAAAGACCCGCCCGUGGUGUGCGGGGCCUGCGUCGAUCCGUACAAGAACAUCGUAGCCGAGGACACCAAGAGAACGCUGGCGAGUUUGGUGGAGAAGGAACGACUGGCCGGCGCCCACGAUAAGAAACCCGGUUGUACGUACACCGGGCAUAAGCCUAGGUUGCCGUUGGGCAUACGCCUGGAGAAGAAGCAGCUGUCUACGUUGCAUCCGUUGUUGUCGGUGCCCCAGGUGCAGGCCAACAGGACGCCGGAGGAGGUGAAGGAAUUGGCGUGUAUUUAUCAAACCGAAUUCGCGGAUAAAAUGCCCUGUGCUACUAAUUAAAUUCAAGUACAAUAUUU